CCCCCACUACUUCCCCCUUUUGUUAAUUAAAACUAAGAAGUCAGAAUGGGAACGAGGUGCCCGGCUCCCGUGGAGAAAGCUUAAGGACACCACGCCAGUUCUUUCCUGCCUCCCUUCCGAGAUGGAAAGAGGAGCUCCUAGCUCACUUAAGCCGGGGUAGGGCUGGUUCUCCUUUCCGAGCCAAAAUCCCAGGCGAUGGUGAAUUAUGAACGUGCCACACCAUGAAGCUCUUGUGGCAGGUAACUGUGCACCACACCUGGAAUGCCGUCCUGCUCCCCGUCGUCUACCUCACGGCGCAAGUGUGGAUUCUGUGUGCAGCCAUCGCUGCUGCCGCCUCGGCCGGGCCCCAGAACUGCCCCUCCGUGUGCUCGUGCAGUAACCAGUUCAGCAAGGUGGUGUGCACCCGCAGGGGCCUGUCUGAGGUCCCCCAGGGUAUUCCCUCCAACACCCGGUACCUCAACCUCAUGGAAAACAACAUCCAGAUGAUCCAGGCCGACACCUUCCGACACCUCCACCACCUGGAGGUCCUGCAGUUGGGCAGGAACUCCAUCCGACAGAUCGAGGUGGGGGCCUUCAAUGGUCUGGCCAGCCUCAACACCCUGGAGCUCUUUGACAACUGGCUGACAGUCAUCCCCAGCGGGGCCUUUGAAUACCUGUCCAAGCUGCGGGAGCUCUGGCUUCGCAACAACCCCAUAGAAAGCAUCCCCUCCUAUGCCUUCAACCGGGUGCCCUCCCUCAUGCGCCUGGACUUGGGGGAGCUCAAGAAGCUGGAGUACAUCUCUGAGGGGGCUUUUGAGGGACUGUUUAACCUCAAGUACCUGAACUUGGGCAUGUGCAACAUUAAAGACAUGCCCAACCUCACCCCCUUGGUGGGGCUGGAGGAGCUAGAGAUGUCAGGGAACCACUUCCCCGAGAUCAGGCCUGGCUCCUUCCAUGGCCUCAGCUCCCUCAAGAAGCUGUGGGUCAUGAACUCACAGGUCAGCUUGAUUGAGCGGAAUGCUUUUGAUGGGCUGGCUUCACUUGUGGAGCUCAACUUGGCCCACAAUAACCUCUCUUCUUUGCCCCACGACCUCUUCACCCCACUGAGGUACCUGGUGGAGUUGCACCUACACCACAAUCCCUGGAACUGUGAUUGUGAUAUUCUGUGGCUAGCCUGGUGGCUUCGGGAAUAUAUCCCCACCAACUCUACCUGCUGUGGCCGCUGUCACGCGCCCAUGCACAUGCGUGGCCGCUACCUGGUGGAAGUGGACCAGGCCUCCUUCCAGUGCUCUGCCCCCUUCAUCAUGGAUGCCCCUCGGGAUCUCAAUAUCUCCGAAGGUCGGAUGGCAGAACUUAAGUGUCGGACUCCCCCUAUGUCCUCUGUGAAGUGGUUGCUGCCCAAUGGGACAGUGCUCAGCCACGCCUCCCGCCACCCACGGAUCUCUGUCCUCAAUGAUGGCACCUUGAACUUUUCCCAUGUGCUGCUCUCAGACACGGGGGUAUACACAUGCAUGGUGACCAAUGUGGCAGGCAACUCCAAUGCCUCGGCCUACCUCAAUGUGAGCACGGCCGAGCUCAACACCUCCAACUACAGCUUCUUCACCACAGUGACAGUGGAGACCACGGAGAUCUCGCCUGAGGACACAACACCGAAGUACAAGCCUGUUCCUACCACGUCUACUGGUUACCAGCCGGCAUAUACCACCUCUACCACGGUGCUCAUUCAGACUACCCGUGUGCCCAAGCAGGUGGCAGUACCCGCAACAGACACCACUGACAAGAUGCAGACCAGCCUGGAUGAAGUCAUGAAGACCACCAAGAUCAUCAUUGGCUGCUUUGUGGCAGUGACUCUCCUGGCUGCCGCCAUGUUGAUUGUCUUCUACAAACUUCGGAAGCGGCACCAGCAGCGGAGUACAGUGACAGCCGCCCGGACAGUUGAGAUUAUCCAGGUGGAUGAAGACAUCCCAGCGGCGGCAUCUGCAGCAGCAGCAACAGCAGCUCCAUCCGGUGUAUCAGGUGAGGGGGCAGUAGUGCUGCCCACAAUUCAUGACCAUAUUAACUACAACACCUACAAACCAGCACAUGGGGCCCACUGGACAGAAAACAGCCUGGGGAACUCUCUGCACCCCACAGUCACCACUAUCUCUGAACCUUACAUAAUUCAGACCCAUACCAAGGACAAGGUACAGGAAACUCAAAUAUGACACCCCCUCCCCCAAAAAACUUAUAAAAUGCAAUAGAAUGCACAAAAAAAAAAAAAAGACAGCAACUUUUGUACAGAGUGGGGAGAGACUUUUUCUUGUAUAUGCUUAUAUAUUAAAUCUAUGGGCUGGUUAAAAAAAACAGAUUAUAUUAAAAUUUAAAAACAAAAAAAUCAAAACAAAACUAUUUUCUAACUUGUAAGUUCUAUUUAAAGGGGGAGGGGGAGGGGAAUGUUGGGAAUGUUGUGGGGUACAAACCACAAAUCAACUUGCUAUGUUGCCAGAUGGGAUUUCUGGUAUAAGGUUGCUAAGAUAAAACAAACUAAAACAAUGAACAUCCCUUAAGAGGUGGGUACAGGCUGCAGAAGUGAUAGGAGAGAGAGGUUGACUCUUGUCAUUUUCUAAGAAGAUGCUUCAUAGGAUACAAGAAUACCCAUUUCUACAGACAUCUUUCUUAAGCUGAGAGCUGUCUUUGCAGAUUUAUCUUAUUUAAAAAGAAAAUACAAAAAAAAAAAAAAAAAAAA